AUGGAUGUCACUUCGAGACAAAGGCGCUACAGUCGCUCCAGCGUUCAGCCAGAGGACACGCUCACGGCCGAAGAACAAAAUAGUUCCAGUGAGGGCUGCGUGAAUGAAGAACACAAUAUACCGACCGGCCGCAUGAUCACGUCGCUGAUGUGCGACCAGAGACGCAAUUUGCCUCACCCGUGGUGGCUACGCAUGUCUCAUCACGGGAGGUCUGAUCUCACUCAACACUCGGGCGACACGGAUGCAUUUUCUAAUACUACGAGAACUCCCAUCUGGGACAGCUCUUGGAGUACGGAGGAUCUUGGAAAGCUGAAAAAUAUCCAUUAUGACCAAGGAAUCCCACAAAAGCAGCAAAGCCUAUCGGUCGCAGUAUUGUUGCCAUCACCACAUAUUCAACACGCCGACGCCGCCGACCAUAACAACGCGGCGGGACCAGAAAAGGCGAAUAGAGAUGAGUCUGGCUGGUCACCUUCUGUAUUAAGUAUAUCAAUGAAAAAUAAGUUCGACGAGAACGAGACGAUCGCAGCAUUGGAGUCUCCACGGCAGCUGUCCGCGAAGCGGAUUGGCAUGACUACUCCACCACUCCCGGUGUCUGUACGGCACACACCAUCUAGCUCGAGGCUCGUAAAGAUCCCAUCGACGCCACACCCUAACAAAGAAGAUGUUUUAGAAUAG